AUGAGUAUAUGCACCGCUACCGACGUGUAUUCAGCGGCAUCUAUAAUUGGCCAGGAUCUACAACUCCUAAUUGAUCAAUAUGGCUCGGAUGAUUUCGAAGGUCUGAUGUUCAAGGUUAUUCGUGCACUUGAAGAACUUGAGUUUUGUGUCAACCAUUCGUCAGAUGCCGAAAAAUUGAUUGAAGAACUACAAGAAAAGAAUGAUGCACUUAAAGCUGAACGCAAUAAAAAUGAGUUUCCGGAUUUUAAUACGGAUCUAGAUUUAAUGCAACAGAGCUGGUAUAACGAAACCCAACACCUUAUGGAUCAAAUCGCCUCAUUAGAGUCUGAUAAUCAACGACUCAAAUGCCAUUUGGAAAAUGCACAGGCUGAGUCUACGGCAACAGGGACAGAGAAGGAAACUGCAUCAGUUUCGGAAUUGGUAACGGGACGAGGAGACAAGGAGACCCAAUCUAAACGUCCUCCGUCUCUUCCUAUC